AUAUUACUACAUGUUUUAUUGGCAUCGGUUUUAAGCGGCGGAGAAGUAUGAUUUGUUUAUUUAUAUCCCUGCACCAUCGCACUAUAUGAUUUAUUGAAAUUGUUUGACAUUAAUUGGUGUAAUUUUAGCUUUAAUUUUUUUUAUUAGUGUGAAAAUCAUGUUUGUUAGUCGUAGUAUACAAGCUGAUCAUAAAGACCUCAUACAUGAUGUUGCAUAUGAUUAUUAUGGAGAAAGAUUAGCGACUUGCUCUAGUGAUCAAACUGUUAAAAUUUGGGACAAAGGAGAAGAUAAAUUGUGGCAUUGCACAUCAUCUUGGAAAACUCACAGUGGCUCAGUAUGGAAAGUUACUUGGGCACAUCCAGAAUUUGGGCAAAUAAUUGCUACUUGCUCAUUCGAUAGAACUGUUGCAGUGUGGGAAGAAUUAGGUCCUGAAGGAUCAGUUGGUGAGAAGUCUCAAUCACAAUGGGUAAAGAAAAUUAGUUUAGUAGACAGUAGAACACCUGUUACUGAUGUCAAAUUUGCACCAAAGCAUCUUGGAUUACAACUAGCCACCUGCUCAGCUGACGGGGUUGUACGUGUUUAUGAAGCACCAGAUAUUAUGAAUUUGAGCCAGUGGUCAUUACAUCAUGAAAUUCCUUGUAAAAAUGCCUGUAGUUGUAUAUCAUGGAAUCUUAGCAGAAUGCAUGCUCCUAUGAUAGCUGUGGGAAGUGAUGAACCUUCACAAACAGGAGGAGACAAAGUAAUUAUAUUUGAAUAUAAUGAAAACACCAGACGAUGGCCUCGAAUAGAUACACUGCCCAUCAAAGAAGCUGUUUAUGAUCUCGCUUUUGCCCCGAAUUUAGGAAGAUCUUACAAUUUGUUGGCAGUAGCUACAAAAAAUCUUCAGAUCUUCAUCAUUAGAUCUCUUCCUGAUCAAAAUAUUGGUGGCAUACCAGAAGGAACUUCAAAGUAUGAAAUAAGACAAGCGGGCCAGUUCGAUAAUCACAAUUCCCAAGUGUGGCGUGUUAGCUGGAAUAUUACUGGUACAAUUCUUGCUUCAUCUGGUGAUGAUGGCUGUGUUAGAUUAUGGAAAGCUAAUUUUAAUGAAAAAUGGAAGUGUAUCGCCACAAUGAAAGGUGAUGGUACAACAGAAUCAACAGAAAAACAAUCAGCAAAUGAGCCAGAAACACCUGCAAAGACGGAUACUAAUAAUCAUCCGACUACUAGAUAUUAUAAAUUGGGACAAGUUAGUCAUCUGAAGCAGGAACCCUGGCAUUAAUAAUUAGUUUUUGAUUAUCAAGAAGACUAAAUAUUUAAUUGUAUUUUGUAUGUAAAUUUUGUUGCAGUUUGUUUAUUUAUCAUAAUGAUAAAAUAUUUGAAAAUAAAUUUUUGAUUUCUUUUGUAUCC